AUGGUGAUCUGGGCAUCCUUCUCCGUGACCACGGCUGCCACUGACCUUGCAACGUUCAUUACCCAAAAUCUACGAAUGGAGCUGCUACCACCGUAUGGCGUCGUUUCAACUUCUGGCGCUCGUGUUGACGAGUUCUUCUAUAUGUCGAGAUGGGGCAGCAACUUUGGCGAAUUUGGCGAUGCUUUCCUAUCACUUUGCGAGGACGACGUCAGCUGCAAGUCCCGCUUCGACUCAAAGGGCGUAAAUGGCACUCUUCAACAGUUAAUCGAGGAGUUUGACCACGAUCCAAACUCGACUUGUGCUGCGUUGGUCAGCAGUACCUUUGAAGCCGGCGAGUCAGCGUCAUUCAGACUUCGAUCUGCACUUGGCAGUGCAUUAAUGGAUUCGAUCGUUCGGACUCUAAUCCCGCCAGUUGUUUAUCGACUCCAGCGUUGUGCACCUGACGACUUGGAUAUUCUGAAACAAUUCUUCUUGGCUGUCAGCCAAGCCAAUAAUGCUAAAACGGAGGACAGCGCGCUCCAGUCGAAUCUUCUGCAGAGUCUUAUCGUGUACUCUGAAAUGAUGGAAAGACCACUGCUGAGUUGA